UGGUGCCUUGCAGCCAUUGAACAAGUUAUUCUGCAUUGAAGUAAACGAUGGACCACGAUCGUACACUUGCUGUCCGUAGUGCUGUGAUAAGUGAGGCUGGCCCAGCCGUUGCAAGCACACUGCAUUCUUUCACUUGUGAAGCAACUCGAGCAACUCUUAAAAUGUCUGGAAGAGGCAAAGGAGGCAAAGGUCUUGGAAAAGGAGGUGCAAAGCGUCACCGCAAAGUUCUCCGGGAUAACAUCCAGGGUAUCACCAAGCCUGCAAUCCGUCGUCUGGCUCGCCGUGGAGGGGUCAAGCGUAUCUCUGGUUUGAUCUAUGAGGAGACUCGUGGUGUGUUGAAAGUAUUCCUGGAGAACGUCAUCCGUGAUGCUGUCACCUACACCGAGCAUGCCAAGAGGAAGACCGUGACUGCCAUGGAUGUGGUCUAUGCCCUCAAGAGACAAGGCCGUACUCUGUAUGGCUUUGGAGGCAAAGGAGGUAAAGGCCUAGGGAAGGGAGGCGCCAAGCGUCAUCGCAAAGUUCUGCGUGAUAAUAUCCAGGGAAUCACCAAGCCCGCAAUCCGCUGCUUGGCUCGUCGCGGUGGGGUAAAGCGUAUCUCCGGACUGAUCUAUGAGGAAACUCGCGGAGUGUUGAAGGUGUUCUUGGAGAAUGUCAUCCGUGAUGCUGUCACCUACACCGAGCACGCCAAGAGGAAGACGGUGACUGCCAUGGAUGUUGUGUAUGCCCUCAAGAGACAAGCGAAGUCAGCGCCCAAGAAGGGCUCCAAAAAAGCCGUCACCAAGGCGGCCGGCAAGGGAAAAGGAAAGAGGAGAAAGACAAGGAAGGAGAGCUAUGCCAUCUACGUCUACAAAGUGCUGAAACAGGUCCACCCUGAUACCGGCAUCUCGUCCAAGGCCAUGGGCAUCAUGAACUCGUUCGUCAACGACAUCUUUGAGCGCAUCGCUACUGAGGCGUCCCGUCUGGCUCACUACAACAAGAGAUCCACCAUCUCCUCCAGAGAGAUUCAGACCGCAGUCCGUCUCCUGCUGCCCGCUCAUAUCACAAUGGCGAGAACAAAGCAGACAGCACGUAAGUCCACUGGCGGCAAAGCCCCCAGGAAGCAGCUGGCCACAAAGGCCGCCCGUAAAAGCGCGCCAGCAACCGGCGGUGUGAAGAAACCUCACCGUUACAGGCCCGGCACCGUGGCUCUGAGGGAGAUCCGUCGCUAUCAGAAGUCCACCGAGCUGCUGAUCCGCAAACUGCCCUUCCAACGUCUGGUGAGGGAAAUCGCUCAAGACUUCAAAACAGACCUGCGCUUCCAGAGCUCAGCUAUCAUGGCGCUGCAGGAGUCCAGUGAGGCUUAUUUGGUGGGUCUAUUCGAGGACACCAACUUCACCAUCUUAUACAACAUGUCUGGAAGAGGCAAAGGAGGAAAGGGACUCGGUAAAGGCGGCGCCAAGAGGCACCGCAAAGUCCUCCGUGAUAACAUCCAGGGUAUCACCAAACCAGCAAUCCGUCGCCUGGCUCGCCGCGGCGGAGUCAAGCGAAUCUCCGGCCUGAUCUAUGAAGAGACUCGCGGUGUGUUGAAGGUCUUCUUGGAGAACGUCAUUCGUGACGCUGUCACCUACACGGAGCAUGCAAAGAGAAAGACUGUGACCGCCAUGGAUGUGGUCUAUGCCCUCAAGCGACAGGGACGUACCCUGUACGGUUUUGGAGGAUAAAUCGGUCACUCUGUCAAAUACUUUGAAAUCAAAGGUCCUUUUAAGGGCCACCCACACCACUAAGGGUACCUGUCCUAAAUUAUGA